UGUGUGGCACUGCUGGGUGGCACAGGUGGGCGCACUGCUGGGCACAGGUGGGCGCACUGCUAGGCACAAGUGGGUGCACUGCUGGGCACAGGUGGGCGGCACUGCUGGGCACAGGUGAGCGGAACUGGUGGGUGGCACUGCUGGGCACCGAUCAUCAGAGCCCUGAACAUCAGUGCCCUGAUGAUCGGUGCCGAUCCCUGCUCUGACAACUGCCGUGAGGAAAGUUCAGCCGAGAACCGGCAAUUGCAUUUCCCGGUAAUCAGCGUGUCAUUGGACACAGCUGAUCACGUGGUAAAAGGUUGUUGCCGUAGG